AUGUACGUGACAACACCGUGCGCCAGUGGCGAGGUGCGCGAGGGGGCGACGCCGAGCCCGGGCGGACGACAGCCGCGCACGGAGCGCCCAUCAUCUGUGCUGCGCGGGGUCGACGACGCGCGCCCGGGGGGGCUGCCGGCAGCGGUGCUGCGAGGUCUGCGGGAAACCGUGCUGCGGGAGGCGCUUGAGCGCGGCGCUGGCCGCGGGAUCGGAGCAGCACGCUCCGGCAACGAGAUGGGCUGGAUGAUGGGAGGAGCGUCGGAGAGGGCAUCGUCGUCGGCGCGCCCGCCGCGGCAGGCUGGCUGCCAGGUCACAUAG